AGGGGUGGAGUUCCUGCGUCUGACUGAUAGUGAGCAGCUGCGUCUGACUGAUAGUGAACGUGCAGCACGGGCUCUAAUUUAGACCAUAAUCGAUAGUAAGUAAAGAGGCGCGGCCGGGGUGAGCGCUCUGUCCCGGGUCAUACGCGGAGUCCAGUUCUGCUCUGGCCGAAGACAUGGAGCUGGUUCGGCGGCUGUUGCUCGCACACUGCGCCGCCCACACCCUGUCCGUGAUCGCGGGCCUGCUGGUGGUUGUGCCACUAGCACUCAACGGCUCUGCGUUUAAGGGGCGUUGUGCGCUCUUCAGCCGGGGGUUCUGGCGGACAGAGAACCUGACUGUGGGCGGCGGCGAGGCAGAAGAAGUCACGCACCUGGUCGUGCAGCAGUGGGGGCCGCCCGCUGCUUGUCAGUUCGCCACUUUUGUUGGGGUCUUCACUGUGCUGUACGGCGCUACGCAGAGCUGGAGGAGUUUAUUUUACCUGCACCGCAGGCACGACGACACCUUGUUCUCUGCUUUCCUCACACUGCUGCUGAGCCUGUGCCUGCUUUUCCUUUCUGGAGGAGCAAGUGUGACCCUCACCCUCGGCCUGGUGUCCUGGUGCGACACUGUCACUGAUCAGAACACUCGGCCAUACAGCUGUGCCGAGUCGCAGUCUGUGCCUCUCUAUCUGGACGUGGAAACCUCUUCGUUCUACUCAGAGCUCACCUGUGCACAGAUCGCUCUGUGGUGUGUGACUGCUCUGUGGCUGACUCACUCCAUCCUGUCCUUCCUGCGGCUCUACCAUUCGCACAGUCAGCAGAUCAGUGGACCUUGUCUGUCCCGAGAGAAGGAGCUUCUCCUGGGCCAGGCUCACCUGGACUGUCCCCUGCCUUGCCAACACAUACAUCCUCCACAAACACCUGCUGUCUUCAUUUAGUCCCACAACUGGACUGAUGUUGCUCCAAAGUUCUUCUGUAGUCGAUCGGGUUAUAGGUGAGCAGUAGGAGAAACCUUAAGGCCAUGGCACUCUAACCAAACAAAUCUCAACAUUACAGUGUAGUGUAUAUAUUGUUUUAGAAUGCAAAAGAACUGAUGAACCGAAGUGAAGCAGUGUGAAUGGGAUGAAGAUUCAAAAACAAUGUGAAAGGCACAAAAAUUCUAGAACAGUGCGAAUGGAGAGAACAUACUAACGAAGUGUGAAUUGGAGCAAACAUUUUAGAGCAGUGUGAAUUGGGGUGAACAUUCUAGAACAGUGUGCAUGAGGACAAACGCUGUAGAACGGUGUGAAUUAGGUGACCCUUCUAGCUCAGUGUGCAGCGGGGAGUGAAUGGCACAAAAAUUCUAGACCCGUGUGAAUGGAGAGAACAUUCUAGAACAGCGUGAAUGGAAGUUAACGUCACAGAACAGUGAAUCAGUAAGAACAUUCUAGAAUAGUGUGAAUGAGUGAGAACAUUCUGGAAUCUUCCAAUAAAUACCACAGACACACUUUUAAGGAUAAAGAAUGAUCCACCACAUAAACAUAUGCGUUUGUUGAUGUUUGUUGGGUCUGCAUGCUCUGGCCUUUAGGAAAAAAUGUAGUGAAGAUUUUUAGACACAUAGAAAAGUACAUCAUCCACAUGGAGCGUCUGGUAUUAUUUUUUUCACUCUCAUGUUGCACUACAAGCUUUAAACACUUAUUUGGCCAUGCAUGUCUGUGAAGAACAAGUAUAUGAAAUGUAGUGGAAACACCAAAAAGCCCAAAAGAGAAACCUCAUUAUAAGUAAGCUUUAAACAUUGUUUACAUGAUGUAUUUUAAAUGUAGUACUUUAAACAUUACUUUGUACUUGUAUUUGUAAUCUUUAGUCACAAGUGCACAAUUGCGCCAACACAUUUUGCAAACAAAGUAGUGUUAAGCGUUUUUUUUUUUUUUUUUUUUUUUUUAAACCAGUGUUUUAGUAUUAGUGUAAAUGUCAUUGAAUGACAUGCAGUGUUAUUAAUUUUUGCAGAAGGAUGAAUUUUGCAGCAGUCUUGCAAUAUGCAAGUAAAAUACUGUCAAGAAUGAGGAAUACUGUGAAGUAAAUGGGAAGGAAGACUAGCAUGCAGCAUGUGCUGAGCUCAGACCCAUACUUAUGUGAACAUGCAGGGUUAUGCAUGCUUGUAUGCUUCUGAAAGUACAGCUGCGCAGACCCUACACGCUCUCUCUCUCCCCCCACCGUGUGAAGGUUUUUCAGAUGAUGCUGUUUGUGUAGAUGCAGUUACUAAGGAAAACACCCGCUCCAAACCUCCCUGGCUGUGACCCAGAGGGUGACAUCAUCUAGGAGGAGUGUGUAAAACAAGUAGGAAUUCCAAGAAUGCCCCCCUCCCCUUGAUCUUUGACCCCUCAGAGAAAUGUGGGUGGCUGUGGUGAUGCACAGAUAGCUGAGUGAGAAACUGGAGGUAAUGGGAGAGAAAAGCUAGUUUGUUUUGUUGAUUAUUUCUAAUGCUCAUGUUUUCUACUGCUGUUUAUAUCUGUAUUAAACUAUUUAAAUGGAUCCUGUCAUCUCUUGGUAAAAAUAAUAAAGCCUUGCAAGAUGUG